AAUCUAUAAAGGAAGAGGUAAAUUGUAAGAAACCAGUGGAAACAUACAAGUUGGUGUUCGGGGAAGACCCCUAUGAUAUAGAGACAACCAUCCUGUAUGAAUUUUCUCAACUAUUCGUGGUUAUAUAAUGGCAAAGGGUCGGAAACCAGACGAAAACCAAAACUCAUCGCUCCAGGGUGAUAACUCCAUUAGAGCCAAAACUGAAGGGAACGACGAAGCUUCACAAAUUCCUGAAUCUUAUCCUGGCCUUAAUGACGGAAAUGAAACCGAGCAACUAUCUGAAGCUAUAGGUGGUGGCUUGGCUACCAAAGAAGAAUCCAACUUACAGCCUGAAAAUGUAGUGAAGAGUGAAACAAACAAGAUUUUGUGGGAAGGAGAUGUGGUUGACACUAAGUCAUCAGAAAACAUUCGCCCAUCUCCAAAUGUGUACAGGUCUUUGUCAUCAAAUGCUGAGGAAGAAUCUAAAACAUUGAGAAAAUCCCAUGGAACCUUACGAUGGACCAAUGAUGGUUCUUCAAAUGACCUAGGUUUUAAUUCUGAAUUUUCAAAUCCAGUUGAAGGACAACCUAUCAGUGGUAGCAGUACUAUAAGACUUGGUGGUACAGCCUUAUAUGGCAGGCGAGUUGAUGGGGUCCUUGAACAAGCAAACAAUAUACCUAGUCAAUCUCUAGCUCCUGGUGAACAGAACAGCAUUGAAACAUGUUCAGAUAUUGGUAGUGUCAGUUCCGUUGUAAGUUGUGCUACGGAAAGUCAUUCAUUGCUGAAAGUCACCAGCAAAGACUUCCAUUACAAGGAUGAUUAUGAGGGCUUAAGGAAAAAAGCUAAAAUCUAUCAUAAAAUGAGGAUGAAUCUUAGGAACGAAAGUGAUCCUGGCUGCUUUGAAUACUGUAUCCAUCCCACACAGAAGCAUGAUUGGCAAAAUCAUGGUGCCAAGAAGAAGCUAAUUUACAACUAUGCAGCUGUAAGAACUGGCCACCUUUUCCAACGGGAAAGAAACACAGAUCAUUACAAGGAGGUAGGGACAUGUUCUCAUGUCGGUGAUGGGUUUGUUUUUACCUGUUACCAUUGUAUCAGUGAUGUCCUAUAUAGAGAUGGUUGUCCAAAUGAACUGCUCUUGGAACAAGAUUUAGCAGUUCUUUUCCCAAAAGAUAUCAACAUAUGUCCUGGACAAGGUUUAAAUCAAUACAGUUUCAAACCCUUUUUGCAUUCAUUCUCUGAGAGUUUAGACUAUGCUGUGCUGAGAUUGGAUCUAGGUAAAGCUGAACAAAUCCCUCCACACUAUGCCAGGUAUUCAAAUGACAACGAAAGCCAGGAACAUCCAGUCUAUAUCGCUGGCUACCAGCUCCAUUCUAAACAUAAGCAUGGCAAGCUAGUUGUGGAUGCAACUGCUUUAAAGCUACCCCUUGAUACUCUUAGCUUAGAUUUUGUUGAAGGUUGGAGUAAGAAGUUGAAAGACUGUUUUCAAGUGAAAAAUGAAAAGCUCCAGGGGAUACUUCAGUUUAGGAUACCUACAUAUUACCCAAUAACAAGAUGUGGUAAAAACUUUCCUGUGUUAUCUUCUCUCAUCAGCGGAGCAUCAGGCGGGUUUGGUUUGAGCUAUACUCCACAAGAUGAAGUGCCAGUGGUCAACUUUAUGUACAGAUCAGGGUAUCCGGCUUUCUUCUACAACAGUCAUUUUUGUAACACUACUGCAUCUUUCCAUGAGGAAAAUUUGGCCAUACAGAAGGGUUUUUAUCCAUGUUGGUCAUUUCAAGCAGGUAUUCCAAUGAAAAUCAUUGUGGAAGAGAUUCUGAAAUCACGUGCCUCAUCCUUGAGUUCUGUUCCAUUCCUUCUUUCAAACAUGUAGCUGUAGCUGUGGCAAAAGAAGGAGAGCAGGGAAUUCCAAAUACAAACAACAUUGAAUGCAUGCAUUCUGUGGGAUUUAAAAAUUGGAUAUUUUGACUCGGGCAUGUGAUCCAAAUAAAGUAAGAAAUGUUGAACACACAUGAGGGUUUGAGUGCAAGUCUUAUCCUACUGACAUCUAGAAAGAUGUAUGUAUUGUGUUUCAUGUGUGUAGCUGAAUUAUUACAUGUUAAACAAAAUAUUAUGGUUUUGUCGUCAAUAUUUACAUGUUAUCUAUACAGGAAGGAUGUAUUUUUUUAUCAUCAUUAUAUACAUAAUUACUUAUAUGUAGGUAGCUUACAGCAGUAAUAUUCAUAUACUAUCACUUUAAAAGUUGGUAAAAUACGAUUAGAAGCUAAUAGGUAGAAAUGUACACAGAAAGCGAAAAUGUUGUAUGCACCUGGUAUAUGUAUUUAUCUUCCUGUAAAUAUUUAUAUACUAAUAUCUAUUUCUGCGAUAAACAUAUGUAUAUCAACUAAAAAGUAUUUUGUAAUAUUCAUAGACACAUAGAACUGCAGUCUAUAAUAGUGAAAUGAUAUUGAAAGUGGUCAUUAGUUAUAUAAUCUUUCACUUCUUGAUAUGAAACAAAUCAAUAAUUAUGAGUGCUAUUAAUAGGUGUGAUUAAACCAGCAUGUGACUAAUAUAUGUUUGGAUUGUGAUGUCACUUCUAGAAUUUCUUUUUAUUGAUUGGUUAAGAUGGUCAGAUUUAGGUCAUUGCUAUUAGAAGUUUUGUUUAUGACUUGUUUAUUUUUAGAUGCCUCUGCUGGAAUUUCCUUAGUUAUUGAUUAGUCAAAGCUUGGCCAUACUUAAAAGUUGCUAAAGGAAGGCCUCAUAAACAUGCUUGUUAUUGCUGCAUUUUUAAGUCUUAUGACUCAAUCCAUAUGAUGAUUCUAUUUAUAGAAUCUGAUGUAAAUUAAGUCGACUUAGUGGUAGCUUAGCUACAAUUUAGAUUUUAUAUAAUUAUGUAUAUAAUUAGCAUUAAUGU